AUGCUCAGCAGCCGUUUCUUGUUGGAAAAGGAGGAGGCCAAGACCCCGGGCUUUGGGGCCCGAAUCAAAUGGAGGAGGCUGUGUGCUUUGCUGGGCUGUUUGGGUUUGCUGGUGGGCCUGCAGCGAAGCUUGUGGCACAAUUUCACCCACUCGGCUUGGGAUGACUUGAACGCCUUGAUUGCUUCUUGGAUAGGCUCCGAUGCAUUGAUCGACCACGACUCCGGCUCGGUUCUUGCACCCUGCGUUCAACAGUACGACUCCGCCCGGACGGCGCGGGCAGCUUGCAGCGUGGCUGGGGCCGUGUUCUUCACGCUGGCGGUGCUCUCGGAUGUGGUAGGCUCAAGCGUGGCGAUGCGGUGGCCACAGCAUUCGGCCGUCAGGUUUUUGAAAUGCUCUAGGAUGUUAGGAAGUAUUUGCUAUGCGUGUGGUAUGCUGGUGCUGAAUCUUCCGGACUACGUGGGCUUGCUUGAUUUUGGAGUGCUGGAGCAUUGUGGGAGCGGCUUUUGCAAGGCAGUGACAGAUUCUAUGAAGUCGGCGGUGGGUUCUGGACUGUUGGCAAAGGCAGGCAUGGAGUUUUUGCCUCUAUUGGUAUGUUUGGCUUGGACCUUCUUCCGGAUUGGUUUCUUCUUGGCUUCAGACCCCCAGAACAUGGAGGCAGUGAAUGCACUGAUGUGGGUGACUCUGAGUUGCAUGCUGCGGCUAUCCCCCUUAGCAGGGACUGCUGCCUUUGUCGCUUCGCCCAGUGCAGAGGUGAUUGGCUGGUUCAUUGCCUUCUUGCUCCUGCCUACUCUGCUCCUAGGGGUCAUCGUGAAGAUGAAGUUCACCUCUUUAGCUUGGUACUUCCUGUGGGGUUGGGUCCUUUACCUCAUGCCUUUGCUGGUGAUGGCUUCCUAUGCCCUGGGAGUCGACUUCGGGACCUUGCUCAGGAGGCUUUUCGAGUACUUGAAGCAGGAUUGGCCGAGCUUCCUGGCAGAGUUCACGCUCUCCGAUGUGCUGAUCUCUGAUCUCUUCUUCACCAUGGUGUUCGUUGAGAAAGCCUAG